AUGAGAUCACUGUCUCCUGCGUCCAGACACCUCCCACGUGGAUCAGCUGCAUGUAGACAGAGUGCUUCCAUUGAUGAUAUGUUCCGACUUAUGAUGGAGAUCAGAGACGACGUAGCUCACUUACGAAGCAAAGUAGUUGACUUACGAUGUGAUGUCAGGAUGGUACAGGUCGGUUUAGGAGACUUUUAUACUGAGGUCGUAGCGAUACGAGGCGACAUAGUAGGCUUGCGUGGGACUAGUGAGUAUCGAGAUGGAGUGGGUGGCGGAGGGACAGGCGGCUAUCAGGACGGAGAGGGUGAUGGAGGAACAGGUGGCUAUCGGGACGGAGGGGGUGACGGAGGGACCGGUGGUUGUCAGGGUCGAGGAGGUUAG